GAACUUGUGUAGUUCGCAAAGUGAAUAUUUUUGGCGGUCGGACACGCCCUGUCAGCCGCCCUGAACAAAGCAAGGGCCUCUGUCCUAGGCGCAAGACCGAGUAUACUACUUUUAGGGCAUCUGCCUUGCAUUUUUAUCAUCCGAUAUGGCUCUGCGCAGCGCGUCAGGCGUCACGCUUGGGGCAAGUCGUCUCUUGCCGUGCCUCAGUGCUCAGCUUUCUCGUGAGCUGCAGACCUGUCUAGUUACCGCAGGCCGCGAUGAUCAGUCAACGGAAGUACAGCAACAGGGUCCCCUCCAGCAGCAGCAGUACGUGAGGGAGAAGGUCAACAAUGCUCCGCUUGGUCUUGGGUUUGCGGCUCAAGCCCUAUUUAAGGCUCCCCAGCAGCCGUGUCUCGCGCAGCCUGGCAUCUCCGCAGCGCCUUUCCUUCCCACGCGUGCGGUACGCACCAGCCGCCUCCCGGGUAUGGCCCGCAUGGCAGGCCUGCCACGGUUUCCACUGGCCCAACAUCGCGCCUACAACGCCUGGUCACCCGCCCAGCGUUACUUCGUGGAGGGGGACCACGUGAUCGCGGCAGAGGCAAAUCGCACCUUCCAGUUCACCGGCCUGGACUCGGGCAGCUUCUACCCCUAUGUCAUCGCCACCGCCAUCUCUACCGUCAUUGCCACCGUGUUCAUCGUGGUGCCCCUGGUGGUGGCGCCCUCGAGGGUGGACCUGGACAAGUCGAGCGCCUACGAGUGCGGCUUUGAUGCGUUUGGGGAGGCUCGCCAGACGUUCAGCGUGUCCUUCUACCUGGUGUCCAUCAUGUACCUGCUGUUCGACAUUGAGAUUGCCUACCUCUUCCCGUACGCCAUGUCCCAUGCCAGUCUACCCAUGUACUGGACCAUGAACCUUUUCCUUGCCAUUCUAGUCGCUGGAUUCGCGUAUGAGUGGGGCAUGGGCGCGCUGGAGUGGCGGGAGUGAAAGGAACGUGCUGUCCGUUGCCGAGGUUCCGGGGGCCUGUGGUUUCGGAGCUAGGGCCAGGGUUGGACAAGGGAGUGGAUUCGGGUUGGGUCUGCGCGUGCGUGAAGUGUGGUGUUGGCGGCAGCGGACUGCAUCUUGUUGUGGAAUUUACCAUAAGACCAUAGGAGCGGUUGGCAUGAUGUAGUGAGGCGUCCUGCUGAGUGCUAGGAUGUUGGCGGUUGGAUGCCAACAGCAAGGUCGAUUUGUGCUGAGCGCGUAGGUAAUGCUCAAGCAUAAAUGGACGAAACGGCUUAACAAUGUAACAGAAUCUAUGAAGAC